CUGUCCUGUUCUUGGGUUUGCUGUGUGUUUGCCUCAUCCGGAGACACCGCCUGAUCAUGCCGUGAGAAGAUGGCUGAAGCUGCCCACAUUGAGGAGGUCCCUCCCCACUUGGAGUGCGCGAUUUGCUGGAAGCUACUUCUCGAGCCGGUGUCCGUGCCAUGCGGCCACACAUUUUGUCAAGGCUGCCUUGCCCAGGCACUUGGAUACAGGAAUGUUUGCUCUGUAUGCCGGGCACCAGUUCCUCCUGGACAAGCUGUCAAUGUGCUAAUUCGUAGCAUGAUUGCGGAGCAGUACCCUCGAGCAUUGGCACACAGGCGGCAGGAACAGCAGGAGGAAUUGCGCGAAGCAGACGACAAUGCUGCGGCUCAGCGCCGGGAAGAGGUUAGAAAUGAUGGCCCCAGUGACGAAGCCCUGAUUUUGCCAAUUCUUAGGAGCGUAAAGUUUGCACUUCCGCACAGCCGUGUGGAGCACGAUACUUCAGGCCAAGAUGAGCUUGUACAGUUUGCUCUUCAAGGUGGUCGUAGAGUUUGUUCUUUGCCAUCCAACGAAGAUUUAGGAGUCUGCAUGAUUAUCGAAGAUUUUCGGCCUGCAACGGAGCGCCAGCACUCCUCUUUUGUGAGAUUAGUCAGCAAAUUUCGGGUGCGGCUCAUCGAGCCGCCGCAGUUGCAUGAGGAUGGCUUUGAAAUUGGUCGAUUUGAGGCUAUGUUUGAUACCCCUCUUCCUUUGAAUGACCUGGUGGUAGAGUCUAUUUCAGGAGAAUCGACUGAAGAGGAAACAGCCUCGGCCAUCGGAUACCAGUGCAUUGAGCUCCUGGACCGGCAGCGCGGAAUGCUGGGGCCUGGAGCGCUUUAUGCUUUUGCUGAACAAUGUGGUGAGAUUCCUGCAGCUUUUCGGAGAAGGCCUGGGACACUAACAUCUGCAGACCUGGAGCAACUUUCCUUCUGGCUGCUUGGAGCUAUUGUCAUGGACGAGCCGGGAAGGAAGCGACUGCUGCACUCUACUGACACACGAGACCGCUUGGCUGCCUGCCAGAGAAAGAUGCAGGCAGCUGGCCCUCGAUGUGUUCUGAAUCUUCCAGGUGCAGACUCCUGGAUGCAUCCAGGGCAGUCAUCAUGGACCAGUAUUGUCCUUCUUUUGGUAGUGUUUGGCCUGCUCGUGGCGAAGGCUUGCGGCCUAUUUGACCAAGCAUUUGGUAGGCAGAGAUCACUACCAUUGCGUUUCGGCUGACAAUG